UGCUUAUAAGCAAAAAAAGAUUCACUAAUAAAGAUGAUAGAUAGCUCUCAAUGGAAUUAAUGAGUCGAUAUUUUCUACCAAUGCCAUGUUUCAAUGCUAUAAAUAAUAGGACAAGAGGAGCAUAGCUACUAUAUAUCAACAUCCCUCAUCACCUAGCUAAUUACAACUAGGGUUUAAUUUCCAAAAUUCUCACUCUUACAAAAUUUUGAACCUUUUUUUUUUUUAAAAAAAAAAUGGUGAUUGUGAGAGGAAACACAUCGCGUUUUCAUCCCUAUGAGAUAGAAGCAAGGCUUGUAAUUAGCUUUUACUUGAACAGAGAGCUCGAGAAUGAUGUUGAUGAUGACGAUGAUGAUGAUGAUGAUGGAGCAAAAGUAGCACCUGCAGCAUAAUAUGGUUUGACAUGUUUUCUUUUGAAAACAUGAAGCUCAUUAUAUAUAAUAUGGUUUGUGAAGGAGAAAUUGGUGUCUAAUUUUCUCCUUACAAUAAAUAGGAAACUAAACCCUAGCUAUAUAUAUAUAUGAGAAUUUGUCUUCUUUUAUUAGCCAAAAAUAUAUAUAUAGUCUUCUUUUCCACCCUUUAUAUUAGCAUUAGUACUUUUUUUUAUCAUUAUUAAUUGAAGCAAUUAUAUAUUUAGAAUUAAGUUAAAAUUGAACUAUUUUUCCAUUACACAUCAUCCUUAAUAAAUAUGGUUGAAUUUUGAGCAUGGAAAAUUGCUUCAUAUAUUCCAAGAAAUGAGGAACUUCAAACAUUAAAUUUAAUCUCAUAUUUCAGAAAUGAAGCUACAUUUAUGGACUACUUUAGAUUCUCCUAUUUUUGUUUCCUUUCUUACAUAUCCAUUUGAAGAAAAAAAAAUUUAAAAAAAAAGAAGAGAUUAUUAAAGGGUAAUGAAUCUAUCUGAAGAUGUAAUUUUCGAGAUUUUGACAAGACUACCUGUAAUUUCUUUGAUAAGGUUCAAAUGCGUUUGCAAAUUCUGGUAUUCUCUCAUCAAGAACCCUAAUUUCAUCUCAAACCAUUUGCAUAACCUAAAUAACAAACAAAAUCAUCUCCAUUUGCUAAUUAGUCGCCGCGGAAAUAUUACAAAUAAAAGGAUCCUCUCAUUGUCACAAAACGAUACAUUUGAUGUUUUCAUCAAUCAAGAUUUUCCAGAAUACUUCAAUGACAAAUUUGGUCACAUAAGACUUAUAGGUCCAUGUAACGGCAUUGUUUGUUUAUGUGGUUAUCCAGAUAACAUUGUUCUAUGGAAUCCAUCAAUUAGAGACUACAAAAUACUACCUCAAUCACAAAUUCAACGUCUUGUUGGGUCAACAAUACGUGGGAGUGAUUUUGGAUUAGGGUUUGAUUCGAAGAAAAAUGAUUAUAAGGUAAUACAAAUUUUAUUUUGUCUAACGAUUGAUCGUGUUUUUGUUUAUCAAGUUGAGAUAUACUCUUUGAAUACAAAUUCGUGGAGGAAGUAUAAAGGGGUUGUACCAUCUAAAAUAAAGUAUGGUAAUACUUCAUGGAGUAUGGUGUAUAAAAAUGAGAUUUUUUGUUGGUUAGGUCAAGAUGUUGAUAAUCAUGAGGUGAUACUUUCAUUUAACAUGAGUGAAGAGAUUUUUCAGAAUAUUAAGUUACCAUCAAAUAUUGAAAUUUUUGGAGUGCAAGAAAUUAUGAGGAGUGUUUGGGUGAUUGUACCAUUUAAAGAAUCAAUUUCACUUAUUGUUUAUUGUUUAAAAGAAGUGGAGAAGUAUUAUGAUGUAUGGGUGAUAAAUAAUGAAUUGGGAGUUGAAAAUUGUUGGACUAAAUUGCAAAGAAUUGGUCCUAUUUCUAGGGUGGAAAGGCCUUUAGGGCUUUGGAAAAAUGGUGAGCUGAUUUUGGAAAAUAGCUCUGGACAAUUAGUGAUUUAUGAUCCUUCAAAUCAAGAAAUGAAGACACUUGGAUUUUAUGGGAAAAGAGGCAGGUUGGAAAUAGUUGUUUAUAAGGAGAGUUUAGUUUCGAUAUCGUAGACAUACUGGGUAUACUGUUGAUAUUGCUUCUAUGUGAAUAGCAGAGGAGACAAAUUUGAAAAUGAAACUAGUGUUAAUUCAUGUAUAUAUGUAGAUGUUUUUCUGCUGUAUGUAUGUGUGUAUGGUUCGAGAUGAAAGGAAUGGAUUUAAACGCAGAUCCUAUUCAGUUUGAAACAAUAGUAUAUAUUUUUCGAACCCUUAGAAGUUGAUAUGAAACUAAUUUCUUCUUGUACAUAAAUAUGAGUCCGGAGACGAAAAGGAAAAAAAAAAAGAGUGAAAUUUCCAAAAGAGCUACAAAAACAAGUUUGAAACCAAAAAUAACAUUUAAACAGGAGGGAGAUGAGAAGGGCAUAUUUUGACAACUUUUUCUUUCAAAACAUGCAUUUCUUUGUUCUAUUUAUGAACAGUCAAAUGCUCAGACUAUAGUCGAGAGCCUUCGAGACAUUCAGAUUUCGUAUCGUACAACAAAAAAAAUACAGCAUUCAUCUAUCUUCCCUUUGAUGUAGCAAAAUCCCAUUUUGAUUCCCUACAGCAUACAUACAACACCCUAUAUGUUUACUUACUUUACCUUCUUGGAGUGUAACAAAAAUGGGAAGAUUCUUGCUGUUGCUUCUGUGAAAAGAAAAAAAAAAC